AAAAAAAGCACCCAAUCAACGCGAACAAAAGACAAUCGUCAUCCAUUUUUGCUGCCCUUGUUCCACCAUCGCCGCCGACUUUCAAUUGCCACCACUCUUCUCCGCCAGUUAAUCUGUUUUCGAUCGUCGAUAAGUACAUACAUACAGUUGUGUAUACAAGUUUCUUUUAUAUCUAAAUAAAUGGAGAUACAGACAACUGAAGUAAGUGAGAAUUUGGCCGUGAUUCCGGUUACAAACACAGAGCCAACUGAAAAUUUGGAUCAACCAACGGUGCUUGUGGUUGAUCAACCGCAGAAAACAACUGAAAUGUUAGAGCAGUCAUCGUCGUGUCCAGUUCCAAACACGGAGAAAGCUGAAGCUGCAUUGCCGCCGGCAAUACAUAGUUUGGAGCCGGAGGUUACAAACACACUUGAAACUGAACCGUUGGAAGAAUCCGCCCUGCAAAUGGUUACCACCGACACACCGACAACUGAAACCUUGGAGCAAUCCUCAUUGGCAGACAUGAAGACAACUGAAACUACGGAGCAGUCGCUCAUGCCUUCUGAUGUCACUGAUAAUAGUCAUGAUAAUUUGAUUGCGUCUCUUGAAAAUCAUCAGGGCAUGGAAAUCAGGCAAGAGACACCUGAAGAAAGGGAAGAAGUAAGAAGCGUUUUAAAAGUCAUUGCGGCUACUGGGAAGUUCUGUGAUGAUUGGGAGAAAUUCAGAAGCAUGUUAUCUCUUCAUUUAAAGCAGGUCAUUUCUGAGUAUCCACAGGCAAAAAUGACGCUCGGUGAACAAAAACUUGCACUAGGAGAGACACAUGCUGAGUUGGUGAAAAGGUUGGACGAUGCUCUGCAUAGUUUUGUUGAUGGUCCUCCAUUCACCAUACAAAGGCUAUCCGAGAUCAUAUUGGAUGCACGAAACUUGUAUUCAAAUCUUUCAAAGCUUGCUCUGGCCUUAGAAAAGAAUCUGUCCGUGACAUCCACCUUGGUUAUAUCUACCAAUUCUUGUCUACCAUCAGUGACAACACCACCAAAUGGACUUGACAAAGUAACGGAGGAUCCAACUCCAACUUCACAACAGCAAUCUGAUACCAUGAUGGAAAAUGGAGCCCAACCCAUGUCAGCAGAUAGGGAUGAAAUUAUGACCGAGGUGGAGGCUGAUGUCGGCGAUGUUAUGACAAUGGACGUUGAAACAAACGAGAAAUCAUCAGAUUCAAGUCCCAUGACAACAGAUAUGGUUGGCAGCAGCGGUGUGCUGGUCCAACCCACGGGCAUGUCGAAACUGUGAGAACCUGUCUUUUGAGUUUCACAAUGAUUGUUUCAUAGUUACAGGUUUGGAUUUUAAAAAAAUAUGUGAGUUGGAUUCUAGGAAGCCUCAUGUCUUUACUUCGAUAAUUUGAACGUAACUUGUCAUAAUUAUGCAAAGCUGGAUAGUAAACACCCUAGUUUGGCUAAUAUUACCAUUUUACUAUGGAGUAUUAUAUA